CUGUUUAAAACAUGGGGGACCGAUGCGUGCUGGCGGCAGGAAACUUCACUCCGUGUGUCUGCGUCUCGUCCAUCAUGUAGCUACAACUUGAUGGGCGUGGCCUUCUCAGCGUGGGAAACACAAAGUGUGGCGUGUGAGCGUGCAAACUACUUUAAAUGCGUGUGUCUCAAAGCCAAUGCGUCAGGCUUGAGAACCCCGCGACGUCCAGCACGGAGCUGCGCCAAACGAAGUUGACAGAAGCGCAGAAGAGAAGAAGAGUUAUGAUUAUGAUCAUAUGAGACACCGUCUCGUCCACUGCAGCUCUAGCCCACAGAUUUUAUGAGAGGCGGAGCAACACUGGAGAAAAAGGACUGUUUUUUCCGCCAAAAUCCUGAAAUGAAAGUGAAAGAAACUCAGUGCUGCAGAGAGACGUCUGGUGUUCUCUAUUGGAGUAGGCCAACAGCUUUUGUUUACGAAAAACACAUCAGAAACCCACGGACAUGUCUGCUGUCUGCAAUUUCCUUUCUGAAGAGCACUUUCUGUGUUCCAUCUGUCUGGAUGUGUUCACUGAUCCAGUCACCAUACCGUGUGGACACAACUUCUGCAAGAACUGCAUCACAGAACACUGGAAGAUUAAUGUCCAAAGCCAGUGUCCCAUGUGUAAAGAUCUUUUUGACAGAAGGCCUUUGUUGCGGGUCAAUACAUUCAUAUCUGAGAUGGCUGAUCAUUUCAGGAUGUCCAACAUAAAGAAAGUCAGCAGCUGCUCAGUGCUCUGUGAUGUCUGCCCUGAACCCAAACUGAAGGCUCUGAAGUCCUGCCUGGUGUGUUUGGCCUCCUACUGUGAAACUCACCUGGAGCUUCAUCACCAAAUCACAGGCCUGAAAAGACAUAAGCUGAUCGACCCUGUGGAGGACCUGGAAAACAGAAUGUGUAAGAGGCAUGAUAGACCUCUGGAGCUGUUCUGCACGACAGAUCAGGUGUGUGUAUGUCAGUUCUGCACUGAAUCAGACCACAGGAGACAUUCCAUUGUUCAUCUGAUGGAAGAAUAUAAACACAAGAAGGUUAAACUGGGGAAGACGCAGGCUGAAAUUCAACAGAUGAUACAGGAGAGGCGACUGAAGGUUCAGCAGAUGAAAGAUUCACUGAAGCUCAGCAAGGAUGAUGCAGACAGAGAGACAGCAGCCAGUGUUCAGGUCUUCACUGCUCUGAUCCAUUCUGUUGAGAGAGGCCUGGCUCAUCUUAUGGAUGCAAUUGAAGAGAAGCAGAAAAAAGCAGAGAAACAGGCUGAAGGUUUCAUCAAAGAGCUUGAAUGGGAAAUCUCCGAGCUGAUGAAGAGAAGCACAGAGGUGGAGAAUCUCUCACGCACUGACGACCACCUCCGUUUUCUUCAAAGCCUCCCAUCCUUAAUCCCUGCUCCACCCACCAAAAACUGGACGGACGUCCGAUUUCAGUCUUCAUUCAUGGGCACUGUGGGAAGAGCUGUGGCUCAGCUGGAGGAGACACUCCGUAAAGAGAUGAAGGAGCUGUGUGCUGAUGUUGAGCUGAAGAGGGUUAAGCAGUAUGCAGUAGAUGUUACUCUUGAUCCUGACACUGCUAGUCCCUAUCUCAUCCUGUCGGAGGGUGGGAAACAAGUAAAGUGUAGUGAUACACAAAAUGAUGUCCCAGACAACCCUUUGAGAUUCUCCAUCUGUAACGGUGUUUUAGGAAAGCAGAGUUUCUCUUCAGGUAGAUUUUACUACGAAGUUGAGGUUGGAGGCAAAACUGAAUGGGACCUAGGGGUGGCCAUUGAAUCGGUCAUCAGAAAGGGAAAGGUACGAUUGUCCCCUAAGAAUGGCUUUUGGAGUAUAUGGUUGAGAAAUGUAGAUGAGUAUAAAGCUCUUGCAGGCCCUGGUGUCCUUCUCUUACUGAAGAGGAAGCCUCAGAAGGUGGGGGUGUUUGUGGAUUAUGAGGAAGGUCUGGUCUCAUUUUAUGACGUAGAUGCUGCAGCUCUGAUCUACUCCUUUACUGGCUGCUCCUUCACUGAGAAAAUCUACCCAUACUUCAGUCCUUGUAGUAGUGGCGGUGGCACAAACGCUGCCCCCAUGAUCCUGCUCCCUCCAUUUCAAACAAAUUAGACAUAUCAAUUUAUUUCGUCUGCUAAUCUCCUCAAUUACUUAAUUCCGCUUAAUUAAGUUAAAGCAUCCCAAACAUGAAAAAUACUCUAAUUGUAUUAGCUGUCAAAAGCAUAAAGAAACAGCAGGGGAGAAGUGGGUGAACAAACUUAAAGUUUAAAAUAAAAUUUGACAAGUCUGUGUGAAGAUUCCCAUGCUUUAUUGUCAGUUUAAAAAAAAUGUAAGAUCAUUUUUGGGCCUUAUUUUUAUAGGACAGCUGAACACAUGAAAGUGGAGAGAGAGGGGGUUGACAUGCAACAAAGGGCCGCUGGUCAUAGUCGGAACCAGGGACACUCAAUAUGCCUCCAUACAUGGUGAGGUACUGAGGUAAUCAAUCAAGAGAGAAUCAGCAUCAUUUUCUCAUAGGCUUCU